CAUGGAUUUGAUUUUGGUUUGCCCUCUCUCUCUCUAUCUAUCUUCGCUCUUUUGCUUCGUACCUUUCUUCUCUCUCUACCCUCUUCGUCUUUGUUCAUGGCCACGGCAGCCCCAAAGCUCACUUCCGGAAUCCUUUCCGUCCCUUCGCCGCCGAAUCCCCCGAAACCGCCACUAUUGCUGCCGCUGCGCCGCCCGAUACUCGCCCCCGGAAACCCUUCGCCCAUAGUUUUGUCGACAAUUUCUCGCCGGAAAACAGCGUGCAGAGCCGCCGAAGUCCCCGUGGCCGAGGAGUCAUCGGCGUCUGGCGAUGAGCGGAAGAGCUGGGUGCCUGUUGUGCCGGUGGCGGCGCUGCCCAAGGGAGAGCGGCGCGUGAUAAUUCAGGAGGGGGAGACGAUUCUGCUGUUGUGGUACAAGGACGAGGUGUUUGCAAUUGAGAACAGAUCACCGGCUGAGGGCGCCUACAGUGAAGGAUUGCUCAAUGCCAAGCUCACUCAGGAUGGUUGUAUUGUAUGCCCAACAACUGAUAGCACAUUUGAUCUUCAGACUGGUGCCAUCAAGGAAUGGUAUCCUAAGAAUCCUGUGCUGAGAGUCCUCACACCUGCUUUGAGAAACCUAUUUGUUUAUCCAGUGAAGAUUGACGAAGAGAAUAUUUACAUCAGCAUGGGAGGUGUGAGUUCUGACGCAUCUGCAGAAAUCAUCUUUAGUGGAAAGGCUCAACCUGGUGUAACUGCAUCUGAUGUCAAUGUUGAUGAGGUGAAAAUGGUGGUUGAUGAGGAUGUAGGGGGCUUUGGAUUCACGGGGAAGAAUGAAGUGAUAAAUGGUAAGGCAGCUGUAAUAGGCUUCCUGCUGCUGUUAGAUUUUGAGCUCUUGACUGGUAAAGGGCUCCUCAAAGGAACAGGUUUCUUAGACUUCAUUUAUUCUAUAUCAAAUGCUCUCAAGUAGAUAACUCCAAUUUCUUCAGCGUCAAAUGAUAACAAUUUGUAAAAGCAGACAAAUGACAUGUUUGUUCAGUUAGACAACAUUUCUUGUUCUUUUUUUGUCUUGUAUUUUUCUUCUGCAGUCUUACUGUUAUUUUGGUUAACUAUGUUGGUAUCAGAAAUCGGAUUAUGUUGAUCUUUGUCUA